AUUCGAAAUGUGUAAAAUAAAAAACAACUCAGUUUUUUCCUUAAUAAUACUUGAAAUAUUCUUGGUGGCCACAGCUACUGGAGAAAAGACGUGUAAAUCCGACCUACAAAUGGAAAAACAGUGCCUCAAUCAGACCUAUAAAACACUGAAACCUUUGCUAGUUUAUUUAAAACAGGUUAAAAAUGAGUUACAAGAAAGUGAAAUUGAGAAAAAUAAGUUUAAUGAAUUAAAUUCGGAUCUUAUGGAAAAGUAUCAUGAAAUUGUGAGAAUUCAUGAAAAAUUCAUGAAGGAGGCAGCUCUAUUAGAUGAGUAUAAAAACAAAGUACUUAAAAGGGAAAGCGACUUGCAAUUGAGUCAAAAUAAAGUUAAUAAAUUAGAAUCUGAGAUUAAAUCACAAAAACAAGUUAUUGACAAAUUAACUCCAAUUUCUAAACUUUAUGAUAAAUGUAAAAAAGAAGUAGCAGAAAAACAAAACAGUUUAGAAUCUUCUGAAGUUCAAUUAAAACAAUUUAAUUCUAGUCUAUUUGAAAAGGAUGAAAAUAUCAGGAGACUUAAUGCAAAUAUCGAAAUGAUUACAAAACAACAGCAAACACUUAAGUUGCAAUUAGAUGAGAGUCAAAAUAUGUUAAUAAAGAAAGACAAAAAUAAUCAGAUAUGUCGAGCUGAAAUUGAUACAUUGAAUAAGACUUUACCCAAUACUAUUAUCCCAUCAAGUUGCUCUCCUUUUGGAGAUUAUCCUGGUGUUCAUGAAAUAAAAGUUUCUGGAGUUGGUUUCUUCGAUGUUUUAUGCGAUAGUCAGUUAGAUGGACCUGGAUGGAUUGUAAUACAACAACGAGUUGGGGGAAAUGAGAGUUUCAAUAGGGAUUGGGCAACGUAUCGCAAAGGUUUCGGUUCUUAUAGGAGCGAUUUCUUCCUCGGACUCGAGAAAAUACAUCGUAUCACGAGCUUGCAGCGUCACGAACUUUAUAUACAUUUGGUUGCUCUGAAUGGAAGUACCUACAACGCUCGUUACGACGAUUUCAAAAUAUCUGAUGAAGACAGUGGAUAUAAACUGAGUUUGGGUAAAUUCACAGGAACUUUUCCUGACGAUGCAAUGAGUCAAAGCAAAAACAUGAAAUUCACAACAUUCGAUCGCGACAACGACGAAGCUGGUGAUGGUAAUUGCGCAAAAUGGUAUAAAAGUGGCUGGUGGUACGAGUAUUGUUAUAGUUGUAAUUUAAAUGCACCAUAUGGGGACCAUCUAUAUUGGUGGUUGGGAUAUAAAGUCAAACUUGAAGAAGCUAAGAUGCUAAUUCGCCCAAUUAUGUAAUUAUUUAUAUAUAAUUGGUGCAUUAAGAAAUUGCGUUCUGAAUAAAAAAAACUAUCGACUAUUUAAUGCAGCGAUUUA